CAUCGUUAUCCUUACCACCUACCAUGACCAUGGCCACUUUGAGAACUUCGACACAUAAACGUAGGAGAGUCUCAUCUCCCAAACAUAUUGUCUCCCCGGAUACCUCCACUAGACCGACGACUUUGCCGAACACCACCACCGUUGUGGCACGCCUUUCCUGCGUUUCUUGCUACCGAGUCUUGAACGCGUCUCUUAGCCUCAAAUCUUCUUCACCCACUUUCUGUGCUAUAUGCCAUUCCCCGUCAUGCACCAUCUGCUCCCGCACAUGUAAUGGUUUUGGCUCUGCACCGUCCCGAGCCUCUUCUCUUCCUGCCCUUGAACAAGAAUCCAUACCAGAAACACCCCAUCUGACUUGGUCUCCUACUUCACCGGCAUUGACUCCGACACCCUCGCCCCCGUUGGCAUUCUCUCCAAAGCGUUUUGCGUUGGCUUUGAAUGCUGCCAAUACAAAUGCCGCUCCCAAUAACGCUACAGGAAAGCGGAAACUGGGUGAUGAAGACUCUGUGGACGAUGAAGAGACCAAGGCCGGGCGAGGAUGCGGGAGAACGGUUUGUAAGAAUUGUUGUUCUGAGAAUGCGUUAAGCACGGUAUGCGUCGAGUGUCUUCGACGGGCUUAGAACGAGUCAUGCGAAACCUUCCGAACUUCCCGUCAAUCUCAUAAUCUGCACUGUACCACCAGUCAAUUCAUGCUAUCGCUUCAUUUAUACUGACACUAUUCGCCACUUUAUCGAACAUCCAAGACACACACACACACACACCAUCCAUUACUUAUUUUACAUGAUCCUCAAUGUACAUGACAACACCACGUGUCCAAUGGUUUAUUGACAUCGAUUAUGCUCUUAUUCGCCGGAUUGCUUGACAACCGAAAUGCAUGGCCUUCGAGAACGAGCUGCCUAGUGGCUAGUCCUGGAGCUAUGGGACUAAACAGAGUCAGAGCGCUGAACAGUGUUUCGAAUCGUCUUGAUGGCGCGGAAUGACCGGAAUCGAGGUUCCAAUUCCUCAGUCUAUUUUUGUAUCCCC